CUCUGCGGAGCUCGCGCUGGACCGUUACACACGUGACGUGGGCUGCCGUUACCAGCGGCGUUAUUAUACCGGCUCAGCCAGGGGCAACUUCCCUGUGACUCCUCCGCCCAGGUCUGGACCCUCUCCGUCGCUGAGCCAUGCAGCCCCCAGCUGAUUGUGAUGUUGGCGAUCCGAUGCGACGCAUGUUGUCCCAGUACAUGUCAGGGACCAUUCGGGGUCUCCAGGGACACGGCGUCAGGAGAGUGUGCCUUCAGCUCUUUGGCCAGCAUGGCCAUGGAAAAUCCUCCCUCAUUAACUCAUGUCUGUGUGUGGUCCAGGACUGUAAGUUCAGCAACGUGGCCGGGGCAGGAGGAUCUGGAAAACCCUUUACCAUGGCGAGGAAGGAGUACAAGCUGGCCGACACUGUAUACAUCAUUGAUAACCGUGGUCUAAACCAAAUGAAUACAGAUGAGAACCUGGAGGUUGCGGCUCAGUUACGGAAGCUGCGGGCGCUGGGCACGGUGGAUUGGGAGUUUGAGCUGGAAAGAACCGUGAAUCUUCUUGAGAACAGAUAUAAAAAUCAGUCCAUGGAUUUCAUAGUGCCAGUGUUUGUUCUCAGUGUUAAACACCCAUAUCCAAAAACUUUAUCCAAUCUAACCAAAGCUAUCCUGCCCUUUCUGAGAGAUGCGUUUGAGAUAACAGGAGUCUUUCCCAUUGUGGUCCUCACUAAUUAUAAAGACCAAAAUAUUUCUAAAAUGUGCAGAGCAAUGGAAGACCUUGGCGCCCAGCACAUCUUCGCUCUGGAUAAUUACACCACCUCAAAUUCCACCCGGAAUGUGGGUACAGACACCCCAGUCCUGAGAUUCCUGCACGCCUGCCUCCAGGAGGCCGAUCGGGGGAUUCAGAAGAGGCAGAACCUGGAUGCACAGUUGGAGGUUAUAAGACAGUCUGUAAGUCAGAUCCAGUCGGAGAUGAGUAGACAGAAAGAGAUCGAGAUGUAUAUGAAGGAGGAGAGCCGGAAUAAGAGGCGGAGUAACGGAGUCCAAGCGCUCCGUGGCCCCCAAAGCCUUUAUCCAGCUUGGCGAAGGAGGAGAAACAUGACUCAGUUCCUGAGAAAGAGCUGUACAAUGCAGAUUUCAAAUAUCGUGACAUCGUCAGGCGCCAACUCAAACCAGGACCCUCAGCCUUCUUGUCAUAGGGAGAAGAAUAUGGCAGUAAUGGGCCCAUGCGGAGACCAGACGUUCCAUUAAAGCUUAUUUUAAAAUUGCAUAAA